AUGUCAAGACCAGAAGAAAUCUCCCCUCCCGAAAUCUUCUACGGAGACGUAGAAGCUACCAAAUAUACAGCUAACACACGAGUGAAAUCAAUUCAAGCUCAAAUGACAAGAAGGGCAUUGGAAUUAUUAGCUUUACCUGAAGAUGAAACUGCUUUUGUUCUGGAUAUAGGAUGUGGAAGUGGUUUAAGUGGUGAAUUAUUAGAUGAAGAGGGACAUGUUUGGGUCGGAGUUGAUAUCGCUCCUUCAAUGUUAGAGGUCGCUCUGGAGCGAGAAGUGGAAGGGGAUCUAUUCUUACAUGAUAUAGGGCAAGGUUUCGGUUUCAGGCCAGGUACUUUUGAUGGUGCUAUUAGCGUCUCAGUCAUUCAAUGGCUCUUAAAUGCAGACUCCUCAUCACAUUCUCCACCACAGAGAUUAAAUCGUUUCUUUACAACGUUACAUUCAUCAUUAAAAAAUCCAUCAAGAGCUAUAUUUCAAUUUUAUCCAUCAUCAGAUGAUCAAGUUUCCAUGAUUGUAAACGCGGCUCAAAAAGCUGGUUUCGGUGGUGGUUUAGUUGUUGAUUAUCCAAAUUCCAAGAAAGCAAGAAAAAUGUAUCUUUGUCUAAUGGUUGGUCAACAAGAAAUACCAAAAGCAAUAGACGGAAAUGAUAUCCAAGUUGAUGAAUCACAUUCUUUGCAAAUGGAGAAAAGGAGAGAAGAAAUUAGGAAUGAAAGACGACGAAGAAAAGACACUUCUGCUUCAUCAUCGGGUAAGAAGAAGAAAGGAAAUAAAGAUAUUGAUCCAAAAGAAUGGAUUAUGAAAAAGAAGGAAUUAUAUCGGACGAGAGGGAAAGAAGGUGUCCCGAGAGAUUCAAAAUAUACAGCAAGGAAAAGAAAGGUUUACUUUUAG